GUGAUUGGGCUCUAUAUUCCAUCAGUUUCUUGUCAUUGGAUAUAUCACGUGAUCGUACCAUCUUAGCCCUGCUGCGGCUAAUGUUUUUCCAGGCAAGGCACCUCCGCGCGAACAAGCUUGUUCCUCUCAAUAGCUUCCUCAGCUGCUCUUUUCAUAAUUCUUUUAUUUUCAUAACAUGGCUUGAUUUAAUUGACUUAGUCGCUCAUUUACCUCGCAUUCUGGUCUUCGGUUCUGCGAGACUGUUUUAUUGUCGCGCUUGGAAAAUCGUGGUGACUAUCCGUUGUACAGUGUUGGAAAACAGUUUCCAUCAUGUCGUUAUUCGGCGCUCAACCUCAGCAACAAUCCGGUGGCCUUUUUGCCAAUAGCACCGCAAAUAAGACGCCAAGUCUAUUUGGAAACACGCAGCAGCAGUCGACAGGGAGCUCUCUAUUCGGUAAUACGCAGCAGAAUAAACCCGCGACAGGGCAGAGUCUAUUUGGAUCGUCUGCGAACCAGCCUCAACAACAGACUUCAGGAGGCUUGUUUGGAUCGACACAAACACAGAAUCAACCCACGGGACUGUUUGGAGGUCAGCAGACGCAGACACAGACACAGACACAAAACCAGCCUCAGUCAGGUGGUCUCUUUGGCUCGACUGCUCAGCAGAAGCCUGCAGGAAGUUUGUUUGGAGGUCCUGCACAGCAACCCCAGCAACCCCAACAACCCCAACAGACAGGUACUAGCUUUUUCGGCGCAACAAACAAUGCACUGCAGCAGCAGCAACAACAACAACAACAACAGCCACAGCAACAACAGUCGCUGUUCGGCGGAGGAUCUCUAUUUGCGAACCAGCAGCAACAAACCCAACAACAGCCCCAACCGCAACCACAAUUAGGGCAGACAAUGAACCAGCCACAAUUGGGAUCCUCGCUUUGGUCCCCAGGCCGUGCGGUUACUGGGGUACACCGAACGGUGCCAGCGCAAAUGGAGAUAAUCAGGGACAAGUGGGACCCUACAAACCAGACAUCACCUUUUCGUACAUAUUUGUAUAACUUUGUGGGAGAGGAUCAAGCACCAUUUUACCAGCCCAGCAUUCAAGACGACGUGACCAAAUGGGAGGAAGCGCUGAAGUCACGGCCUGAGCCAGGUUAUGUUCCAGUUCUUGUGAAAGGAUUUUGGGAACUUGGGAAACGUGCUCAAAGGCAAAAGGACUUCCUCAGUAUCAUGCAGACUCGCCUGCACGAAAUCAAUCAAUGUCUCACUGACCUGUUAUCUCGCCAUGACCUCAAAAUCUCGGUAAAAAUUGCUGACUGUCGGAGAAAACAUGUUAUAUUGAGUCAACGCUGUUUAUCGCUUGCUGCAAAGACCCAAGUCCUUCGAAAUCGUGGUUACGCUAUGGAUGACGCAGAAGAAGAACUUAAAAAGAAACUGGUUCAGUUGGAAAGAGGCAUUUUUGAUCCAUCAAUAACCGGACGUGCUGAAGAAAUUUGGGCAAGAAUGCUUGCCAUUCGUGAACACUCUAAGCGGCUUGCUGCCGAAAUUGAGCGAGCUGGUUCUAAUGCUGCGAACGAUGUUGAGGAAUCGCUUGAUGAAAAUGUGAUCAAAACUGCGAAAAAGAUUCUCGAAGACUACGCUUCUCAAAUCCAGCACCUACAGAAGGAGCUGGUGUCCAUAAACAAGGAAUUAGACGAAGCCCAGAAAGCCGUGGGUGCAAAUGUCCACUAGAGUUGUUAACGCAGAGCAUAUUAUUUGCGCUUCUUAAUGCAACUUGGGUUACUUUUCUUGAUAUUACUUGACUUCUUUUCUUCGCAUGGGGUUGAUGCGACAGCAACUUUUCUGCACAAGUCAUUUUAAUCAAGGUGGGAUAAAGAUUAGGCGUUGAGCGUUCUUCUUAGUAGUUAGUCGGGUUGGGAGUCAAAAAUG